AUGCCCACAAAUUACGAGUACGAUGAAGCCAGUGAGACGUGGCCGUCAUUUGUCUUAACAGGGAUCUUAAUGGUUGUCGGACCCAUGACACUGCUUCAAAUAUACCAAAUUCUUUUUGGGUCCAACGCUGAAGCAGUGGGUUCAGGGGACGCGAAAGAAUUCAAUGACGAAGUCUUGACUAAGCUGAAUGACGAAUACACCAGUAACGAAAUCAAACAAUUCAGGAAAAAAUUUGACAAGAAUAGUAGUAAGAAGUCCAAAAUAUGGAACAAGAGGAAUAUCUUAAUCAUCGUUGGCUGGGUCUUGGUUGCAGUACUUCUGCAAAGGAUUAACAGUAACGAUGCAAUCAAAGACGCAGCUAUAAAGCUAUUCGAUCCUUACGAAAUCUUGGGUAUAUCCUCUAGUGCCUCUGACAGAGACAUUAAGUCGGCUUACAGAAAACUAUCUGUCAAAUUCCACCCAGAUAAACUAGCUAAAGGUUUGACAACUGAUGAAAAGGACGUGAUGGAGGAAACUUAUGUACAAAUUACGAAGGCUUAUGAAUCCCUUACUGAUGAAUUGGUUAGGCAAAACUAUCUGAAGUACGGCCAUCCAGAUGGUCCACAAUCGACUUCUCACGGUAUUGCUUUACCAAGGUUCUUGGUGGAUGGAAGUGCAUCUCCCUUGCUAGUCGUCUGUUAUUUCGCACUACUAGGUUUAAUCUUACCAUAUUUCGUUAGUAGGUGGUGGGCAAGAACUCAAUCUUAUACCAAAAAGGGAAUUCAUAACGUGACUGCUUCUAAUUUCGUUAGUAACCUAGUCAAUUAUAAACCAUCUGAAAUCGUCACUCUGGAUUUAAUCUUGCAUUGGUUAUCCUUUGCUAAUGAAUUUAAACAAUUUUACCCAGAUUUACAACCAGAAGAUUUUGAACAACUACUACACGACCACAUCAACCGUAAAGAUAGUGGUAAACUCAAUGAAGCCAAAUUCAGAAUAGUGGCCAAAUGCCACUCUUUACUACAUGGUUUGAUAGAUAUUGCUUGUGGAUUUAGAAAUUUGGAUAUUGCGUUGGGUGCCAUCAAUACUUUCAAAUGUAUUGUUCAAGCUGUACCAUUAACUCCAAACGCUCAAAUCCUUCAACUGCCCAAUGUUGAUAAAGAACAUUUCAGUAACGAAUCGAAGGAUGUUCAUACACUGGGUAAACUGUUUACUUUAGAAGAUUCCAAAAUUGGUGAUCUUCUUGGUAUAAAAGAUCAAGCAAAAUUAAACGAAACUCUAAGAGUUGCGUCGCAUAUUCCAAACUUGAAAAUCAUCAAAGCGGAUUUCCUUGUCCCCGGUGAGAAUCAGGUAACUCCAUUAUCUACCCCAUAUAUUUGCCUAAAAGUACUAGUUCGUUCUGCAAAGCAACCGUUAUUACCAACCAAUUUGAUUCCUGAAGACAAAUUAGUGGAAUCGCAGGAUUUUGAAUCCCAAAGAGAUCCGUUUGCUAUUAUGAGUAAACAACCAUUGGUUCCAUUUUCAUUUGCGCCUCUUUUCCCCACAAAGAGACGUUGUAAUUGGUGCUGUCUGGUAAGUUCUCAAAAAGAUGGUAAAUUGCUCCAAACACCAAUCAUUGUCGAAAAAUUAUCUUAUAAAAACUUAAAUGAUGAUAAAGAUUUCUUUGACAAAAGAAUAAAAUUAGACUUGACCAAAGAUGACAAAUUCAAUAUAAAUGACUGGGAAAUUGGAACUAUUAAGAUUCCAUUAGGUCAACCCGCACCCGAAACUGUCGGUGAUUUCUUUUUCAGAGUCAUUGUUAAGUCUACGGAUUAUUUUACCACGGAUUUGGACAUAACCAUGAACAUGAAGGUUCGUGAUUUACCAGCUGUGGAAGAACAAGUAGACAUCUAUUCUGAGGAAGACGACGACUACUCUAGUGAUGAGGAUGAAAGUGGAAGUGAUGAGGAUGAAAGUGAUGCUAGUGAUUAUACCGAUAUCGACACUGAUACCGAGGCUGAAGAGGAUGAAUCUACCGAAUAG